GAGGAGAUCACGUGCUUCUGGCAGCAGCGAGACCACUUCCGGUUUCUGUGCCGACGGCUAACAGAUGAAUUCCCAGACUGAAGGCUCAGCUCCCAUGCGGGUGCUGGUGACGGGGGGGUCCGGCUUGGUGGGGAGGGCCAUACAGCAUGUGAUCAAGGAAGAAGGAGCGUCGAAGGACGGGGAGGACUGGAUAUUUCUGUCCUCCAAAGAUGCAAAUCUCACGAACAAAGAGGAGACGCUGGCAGUGUUUGAAAAACAUCGGCCCACCCACGUCAUCCACCUGGCUGCUAUGGUGGGGGGGCUUUUCAAAAACAUGAAGUACAACCUGGACUUCUGGAGAAACAACGUUUCCAUCAACGACAACGUGCUGCAGGCAGCGCACGACGUGGGUGCAGUUAAGGUUGUUUCCUGUCUGUCUACCUGCAUAUUUCCUGAUAAAACGACGUAUCCCAUCGACGAAACCAUGAUCCACAAUGGUCCACCUCACGACUCCAACUUUGGCUAUGCAUACGCGAAAAGGAUGAUUGACGUUCAGAACAGGGGUUAUUUCCAGCAGUACGGUCGUGGCUAUACAGCCGUGAUCCCCACAAACGUGUUUGGUCCUCAUGACAACUUCAGCAUAGAGGACGGUCAUGUGCUUCCAGGCCUCAUUCAUAAAGCAUACCUUGCUCAAAAGGAGGGAAAGCCCCUGGUGGUGUGGGGCUCCGGCUCUCCGAGAAGACAGUUCAUCUACUCUUUGGACUUGGCUCGCCUUUUCCUCUGGGUCCUGAGGGAGUAUCCAGAGGUGGAGCCGAUCAUUCUCUCUGUUGGUGAGGAAGAUGAGGUGUCCAUAAAAGCGGCAGCAGAUGCAGUGGUCGAGUCGCUGGGCUUUAAAGGAGAAGUGGCGUACGACACCAGUAAAGCAGACGGCCAGUUCAAAAAGACGGCCAGUAACGCCAAGCUCCGCCGCUACCUGCCGGACUUCAAAUUCACCCCCUUCAACCAAGCUUUAAAAGAAACAUGCGAUUGGUUUGUUGCCAACUACGACACAGCUCGGAAGUAAAAACCUGCUGCUGAUCCAGAUGAUGCCGAGCCCGGAGACUCGUUCUGUUAGAGGUCAGAGGUCACAAGCGCAGACGACAGUGGGCCAAGCGACUGAUCCUGAAUGAGAAGAGCUAAAUUUGUUUGAGUUAAAGUCUGCAGGACCAAACUGUAGCACGUGGUCCGUGUUGCAGACCUUUCUCAGUUUAUUCAAACUAAAGAUAUGGUUGUGGUUACAGUUCCUGUUUUCUUCAGUUAAAUUAUUCAAACUAGUUUUUUUAAUUCA